AUGGCUGGUGCUUACCAACCGUUCUUCAGAGCCCACGCUCAUAUCGACUGUAAACGACGUGAACCGUGGCUAUUCUCCGAGAAAACUACAGCUCUUAUUCGUGAUGCUAUCAGGCAGCGAUACUCCUUCUUACCAUAUUGGUAUACACUGUUCUACGAGCACAUGCUGACCGGUAAACCAGUGAUGCGACCACUUUGGGCGGAAUUUCCGGAUGAUGAGAACGCACUU